AUGGAUUUCGAAGAAGUCCCGCCGAUGUCGCCUAACUUGUCAGGUCCUGCUGGACCUAUCCCCACACGAACUUCCAGCAAGCGUGCGUUAGAAGCUUGGCCAACUGAAAAGCUCAGCACGAAGAAGUCCGAUCUCAGUCUACAAAUAGAAAAGAGGAAAAUGAAUCUGAAGCCCCGUUCUUCAUUUGAUUCAGAGUAUUGGUCAUCGCAUCUUGAAGUUCUAGAGAUGGAGAAAGAGUUGCACGAAUACAACAGUAUAUUGACGUAUAGAGAACACGAGAAGGGAUCUAAUUCGAAACUCCCAUAUAAUGAAUGGCUACGGUCCCUGGAUAUUGGCUUUGAGCUCGGCCGGAAACGGAGAGCAAUAGACCUGAAGCUGUCAGCGGCUAAAUCUCAGACAGCCCGCUUAGCCACACAGCAUCCGAUCCUCGAGUCGUGGAUCAAACUAUUUUUCGGUGCGGCUUCGUACGGUCCCAGGGAUAACCAAGCGCAAAGCCGAAUGCGCGCUGAAAUGAUGGAGAAAUACCACGCAGAGAAACCGGAGGAAGACUCUGUCUGGGAGCCAGUCUGUGGUGCUUGGCUGAGAAGUGACUGGGUGCACGCAGCGCACCUUUACCCCUCCAAAUCGAUUGAGCAUAUAGAUAUCAUCUUUGGAAAAGGGGCCAAGGACGAGAUUAUGACGGCGAUGAAUGGCCUGUUUUUGUGCCCCGAUAUCGAGAAAAUACUCGAAUUGGGAUAUAUUGCGAUCGUGCCAGACGUUCGUCUGGAGGCGGACUCCAAUGAGGACCCCAUCACUGACCUGGAGACGAGGCGGAAAUACGUCCAAGAAUGGGAGAGUACGAAUCCGAAGGAAUAUAAGGUCAUAAUACUUGACCGUAAUGGGCUCGAGAAGAGGAUACGGGGUGUGUUGAAAUACCCACAAGUCUACAAUAUCAAAUCGGUCGAAGACUUAGACGGCCGACGCCUGAAGUUCAUUACGGACUUCCGCCCUGGCGCCCGCUAUAUGUGGUGGGCCUUUCUCAACUCGGUAGUAAAUUCAUCCUACCGCAAUAAAGCCACGAGAGGAAUUGGGGUAGAUAAGGAAGUAGAACUUGGCAAUAGAUACUGGGGAACGAGAGGUAGAUAUAUCAAAAGAGACCAGUUGUUAGGUUUCGUGGAGCAUCUUGGGCAGGACAUCGAGAGCAUUUCGAGUUCCUCGAUAAUGGAACACGGUAUUGAUGAGGAAGAGGGUGAAGAGAAGCCGAAUACGGCAGCUGUUGUAGUGAUCGCGGAUACUAUAAUCCGCCAGGCAAGCUCUAAUCUAUCACGUCUUGGUAUAGAAAACUCGGAUGAAGAGAGUGAUGACGACGAGGAGGAGUGGGGUGGAAAUGAAGAAAGCGAAUAA